GUCAGAUGCUGCUUAUUUGUCUGACUGCUCAUGUUGAAACCAAGGGCCGCUGCUUCCAGACUCCUGAAUAGCCAUGCCAUUGGACAUGUGUCGCAUCCUCGUUUUCAUGGUUGCCAUUAUCAUCAGUGAGUGUAAACCAAAGCAAACAGAUCGGCCUUGCACUGCAGCAUGCAAUGCUAUAGAUGUGCGCUACCCGAGUGGCAUGAGGUACACCUACAGGUACAGCACCAUAGUAACCAGCUCACUUCAGAGUUCAGCCUCAGACAGCAGUGGACUGGCUCUUGACUGUCUGAUUGACAUUGACGUCCUUUCCGGGUGCCUGCUGAUGAUGAAGCUGAGGAAUUCACAGAUCAAGAAGGUGUCUCCGCAGAGGGAAAAUUCAGUGCAACGCUUGAAGAAUUUUAGGGAGGCCCUGGAGAGGAAUGCCCUGCUGUUCUCUAUGCGGCAGGGGAAGGUGCUGGAAGUCUGCCCCAGGGCAGGGGAGGCUGCGUGGACGCUCAACAUCAAGAGGGCCAUACUGAGCGUGCUCCAGACCUCUCACACUGGGGAGACACAGGAAAUGGUGGAAGAGACAGACAUUCAUGGAACCUGCUGGAGCACCUAUGAACGGAGGGGCCCACUGCUAGUAAAAACACGAAACCUUCAGCAGUGUUACCAGGACAGGCUGGCUGAUUUCUGGGUGCACUCUGUCCCUCUCACUGACACCACGGCCUUGGAGUCCAGGGUGAAGUGCUUUCAGUGCCAUAGAGACCAGGCCAUGGAAGAGGUCAACUGUACGGAGACAGUCAGUCUAGCCACACUGUCUGGCCCAUCAGGUGGGCCACACACUGAGACUGUGACCACUCUCACCCUUCUGAGGGCCCAGGAGGGGGUGCCAGUGAGUCCAGAUGCAGUAGGCCCUGUGUAUUCCAGCAAUUUGAGGUUCAAGCAACCCCCUGGAGUCCCAGGUCAGGGCAGUAAACAGACACCAGCUGAGUCCUCUGACACAGUGAGAAAGCUCUGUGCCUUAAAAGGGGACCAUCAGAAGCAGGCAGCCCUGUUCCUACGCCUGGUGUUCCAGCUGAGGGCGCUGUCCAGGGACCAGCUGCAGGAACUGUGGCUGGAGGCAUCCUUCAAGUGCCGUGAUGAUUGGCAGCCUCUACUGGACGCCCUGCCAGCGUGUGGCUCCGAGGCGUGCAUCUCCAUCAUGACGGACCUCAUUCUGGGCGGCGAGGUGGAAGAAGAACGGGUGUCCUCCUUCCUCUCCUCCUUUGCGUUUAUUCCCCACCCCACCCCCGCCAUGAUUCGUUCCAUCAGUGCUUUACUGAAGUCUCCAGAGGUUGGAUCUGGCACCCUUCUGGCUGUGUCUGCAAUGGUCCACUCCCUCUGCCAGAGGGCACGGUCUCCAUGCAGCCUCUUCCCUGAGGUUCAGCAGCUCAUGGAUAUGCUGAGGGAGAUGCUGGGAAAAGACUGCAAGGAUGGGAGAACCUCACAGCUAGCUGAGAAGCUCAGAGUGUUGAAGGCAGUGGGGAAUGCAGGCCUUGCAGCUUCUUCUUUCACCUCUGUGCUGAGCGCUUGUGCUCAGAAUGUUUCCAGCCCCCUGGAGCUGAGGCUUGCUGCUAUCCAUGCUUUCAGACGCAUCCCCUGCAGUGCUAAUAGAAAGGCUCUGGUCCAGUUGUACUGCUCAGCUCAGGAAGACGUAGAGGUCAGGAUCGCUGCAUACCAGCAGCUGAUGCGCUGCCCAGACCCACAGGUGCUGCGGAGAGUGAGGACUACUCUGAGAAAUGAGACAUCAAGCCAAGUGGGCGCCUUUGUCUGGAGUCACCUGACUCAGAUUCAGAAGACCGAGGACCCUCUGAAGCAGGCCCUAAUGGAGUCGCUGCCUGAUGACAUCAUCAGCAAAGACUUUGAGGCAGAAUCUUGGAAAUAUUCCUCUUACAUCGAUGCCACUAUGGACACAGGGUUUGGAGGUGUUAAUGUGGAGGGGGCCCUGGUCUUCUCACCCAGCUCCCUUUUUCCACGCUCUGCCAUGGCCAACCUCACCCUCCACAUUCUGGGAAGAGCCUUCAACCUGCUAGAGAUUAACGUCCGAGCAGAAAACAUGGAGCCUCUUAUGAAACAAGUGUUUGGUCGCCAAGCACCGCCAUCUGAAGAGGAGGCUGGCCGUCCAGAAGCGCCUGAGAGGAAAAGGAGGAGUGGAGAAGCAGGGAAAGAAGCCAACGAUUUCCCAGACAGGAAGGAGAAGGCCUGUCGCAGUAACGGCUCGACUCGCCUCGGACAGGCCAAGGCUAAGUUUGCAGGGCGACGGUCAGGUGACACCAGGCCACGGUGUGGGCUGAGCGUGAAGGUGUUUGGCGACGAGCUGGCCUUUGUUACCUGCGAUGACGUCAGUGCGCAGAUGAGGCAGCUGUCGCUCAGCCUGGCUGGAGUAGCAGUCAGACUGCUGAAGGGUCAGGAGUUGCAGCUCAACCGCAGAGCAGUGCUAGUUACGGAAGAGCUGGUCCUGCCCUCUCUUUCCGGCCUGCCUGUCAAGCUGGCCCUCAAUGUAUCUUCCUCUCUCAGCCUGCGAGUGAAAGGAAGUGCCAACCUUGUAAGCUGGUCCCACUUCUCAGUCUCUGGCUACAUCAAACCAAGUGCGUAUGUGGGGGUGUGGACCCGUAUGGGGGUGGAGGGGCCCUAUGGCCAGGCGGGGGUGGAGUGGGCCAUGGGGCUCCGAACCUCCACGAGCCUGGAUGGCGCCAUUCAGCUGCAGAAAGGGCAGGACCUGAGAGUGACCCUGAAUACUCCCGAAGACAUCAUGGACAUCAUUCAUUUCAGCUCUAGAACCUACAGCGUGAAUGCAGCAGUCAGAGAGGAACUGACAGGUUUUCGAGAUCGUGUGGACAAGACUAUUUGCACACCUCAAGAUUGGUCCAAGCUUGUGGGAUGGCAGCUGUGCUCCCAGGCUUCCUACCCCUUGUCCGGGUUGGGUGUGGCACUGCCGCCAGCAGGCCCAGCCGUCCUGUCCCUAAGGCUGCUGAAGCUGGACAGAGGCCUUCACCAGUACCUUCUGGAGGCAGCUUAUUCCCUCCAGUCCCAGCGGGGCACCUGGGUCCCCCUUGAGGCCUCCCUGCACCUCUUCCUGGGCACCCCACAUUCUACUGUUCCAAGAGAUGUCGCCCUGGACCUGAGUUUCAGCUCUGUCACCCCUAAGCUGACUCUGAAAAUGACUCAUCCACUAAAAAGCUUACACAUUCAAGGGCAAGCUGAUCAAUUUAGAGGUAUGCACAGUGGGAAGUUGGAGCUCCUGGUUGAUAAUCUUCAUCAUUAUUAUAUGAAGGGACUGAUGGACAUGCAGAUCCUUCCCACAGAGCAGAGGCUCCUGUCCCACCUGGAGGCUAAAAUAACAGCUGAAGGCCAUCCCAUAAUCCUCUCUGCCAACAUUACCCGUGGGAUGGGUAGAAAGAUCAGUGUGUCUGCCAAGCUGAAAAAUCUGUUCAGGGAGACCGCUUCAUUCUCUGUGCUGCUGGAUCGCAGGGUAGAGGAGGGGCACAGGCAGUACACCACGGAGGCAGAGCUCCUCCUGCCCGGCGUGCUGGGGGGCCAAAUCAUCGGGCUGCUGCAGCAAAGGGGCCCACUCUGGAGCACCGCCAUGAGGCUCAGAUACGGACUGCAAGGAGAUGCUCAGAACCAGCGGCAGGAGUGCCACAUGACACAGAACCUGAAGAACGAAAGGGACUCCAGACAAAUCUAUCGCCUGUGGGCCAAGCAUGAGCUCUACUGUUCCCACAUCACCUCUUUAAAUCACAAGGUCCAUCUGAGACACGAGGAAGGUCCAGGUCACAUACAGUCUGCUCUGGACCUCAGCUACGGAAAACACUGGGAUGAGAUCAACAACAAGCGCCGUGUUCUUCUCAGCCAGGCCUUUAAGAACCAGUCCAGACACGCUCUCACCAGCUACCUGCUGGAGUUCAGCCUGCAGGUGCUAGAGAAACACAUGAACUACAAGACCCAGCUUCUCCACUCCCAUCUGCGUCAGAGGGGGGCAGAAAGCAGCACCCACUUGAAGGUCAACUACAAUGACCAGAUGCCUCUGGUAGCUGGCCUGCACUGGAAGGAUUCCUCAAAGGCUCUAGUGCAGAAAUGGGAAGGCUCCUUUAACAUGGACACACCCUGGCUCUAUGUCUACACUGCCCACAAACUCAGCCAGCCCCAGCGCCGUGCCUUCCAUUUUAAAUCAGAGAUCACCACCCGCAAGUUGGUCAACCUACGCAACUUAGCGGUGGAGGGCUUCUACAGGGAGAAGAGCAAGGAGAGGGAAGGGCUUCUACACCUCUACACCCCUGCAGGCACCUACUUGAAGGCCAGUGGCAGGGGAGUGGUGGGGAAAAAGGGCCUCAAAGUCUCCAGCUCCCUGAGCAGUGCAUGGACUUCGACCCUGCUGGGAGACAUCUCCAUGGAGAACAGCAGGCACCAGAAAGCCCUGCAGCUGGUGGCCAGCUAUGGCAAGCAAAACAUCAGCCUCUCCAGUGCUCUCAGUAUCGCAGACAAGAAACUGAGGAAGAGGCUGGUGACGGUAAAGUUGGUGCUGACGGAGCCUAUGAGCCCAGCUGUGGAGCUGGAGCUGGAGGGUAUUGUGGAAGAGCUGAAAAGGCAUAAAGAUCUAUACCAGAAACAGGGGAGAUUGCACCUCAGGCAGCCAUUCCGGAACUUUCCCCAGAGUCUGGUCCUCCAGGAGACCUUCACCGUAGAUCUCCGUCAGGCCCGCUAUGUCCUGGAGUCCAGAGCCAUUCUCAGCGGAGGCAAAGAGAGCGUCCACACCUUUACCCUCGGCUACAAGCCCACCGGCCCCUUCGUUUGUUCUUCACUAACUCACCCCUACAGCUCUGAGGUCAUUCCCCAGGAGUCUGAGCUGUGUGUAAGACUGCACAGUAACCAGACACAGCAAGAGGUGCAAGGGAUGAUGCGCAUCAACAAAAAGGAUAAACUGACAGUCCUGGGAAGGGUCCAGAACACAGCAGACACUUCUCAGCAUGGACUGACCCUCCAGUUCAACCUUACUCACCUCUUCCAGUCACAGCUCCCCCCUUCAGUAAAUCUGGAAGGAAAGAUUUCAUGGAAUACCAAUAACAGUCCACAAUUUGACUAUUUGGGUGCAGGAAGGGCUGUGAUCAACCAUAAAGAGAAGUGCCGGUUCAGUGUGCAGUUCAAUGGGUCAUCAAAUGGAUUGGGGCUCUACUCUUCCUUCAGUCAUCCAUUUAACUUUAUUCCAAGGACAUUACAGGCUCAUGCUGAGGCUGAGUUGUCCGGGGAGGGUGGAGUCAGCAGCUAUGUCUGUGUGAAGACGGAUGGAGAAGACCGGGCCACACUGGAGGCUAACUUGGUCAAUGCCCAGAAGAACAGCACCAAAAUACUUGAGGCCAAAGUGGCCCUACGUCAGAGGCUCCUGCCUAUCAUUCAGGACACUGAGCUGCAACUGUCUGCUAACAUCUCUACUGAGAGGCUGUCUGCACUGUUAUCCCUGACGCAGGAAGGAGGCAGGGCUCUGGAGGCCCGGUUGGGUGGAGCGGUGGAGCACGGCCCUGGGCUGCGGCUGAACGUCAGUGGCACACUUCAGAACUCCCUGCCCCGCCUGAAGGUGCUCCCCCCUGCCCUGGGACUGAAGGGUGUGCUCAGACAGUCACCAAGGCUCACUGAAGGAGAGCUGAAAGUGACGGUGAUGGAUGCUGUGUAUGCGGUGGAGCUGAAUCACCAGGAGGCUAGUGGUCCAGGGAAGGAAGACGUGCUGGGAGAGAAAGCAGCUCGGGCGAGGGACUCACUGUGUGUUUACGCCACAGAGCAGGCUCUGUGCGUGGAAAUAAGCAGCAUUCUGGAGACAUGGCGAGCUGGCAGACUCCAUGCCCUUCUGUCCCAUACUUCGCCCAAGCUCUACGCCGCAGGUCUGGCUUACAAUGGCAGUGUGCAGCUCAGCUGGGCCCAGGAGGAAUGCAGACUCUCAGCAGCGGGGGAGUUCCAGGCAGGGGGUCGAGGGCUCAGGGCCAGGCUGGAGGGUCUCAGGAGUGAGCAGGAGGCUGGGAGAUGGGAACUUUCCUCCAGCUUACAGCAAAAUAUCAAGCUCCUGCUGGAGAGAGGUGUUCUAGGCUCUGCAGCAGCUGCAGGACACUACCAGCAGGUGGACACAGGGGUUGUUAGUGCAGGCGUGGUCGUCCACAUGGAAGAGCAGAGGGCAUUGGAGGUGCUUCUGGAAGCGGGCAGGACGGAUGUCAGUGCCAGGCUGGCAAUGUCUCUACAGCACCACAUGAGGCAGCUAGAGGGAGUUGUGCCCUCAUUAUUUCAGAUGAACUGCUCGGGAGGGGUCACAGUGGACAGGCUCUCGGGCCAGUGCUCGGGGAAUGUGGCUGGUGGGCCCGUGGAGGCACAUCUACCCAAACGGCUCUUGGUGAAGGGUUCCGUGGCAAACUGGGGGUGCAACAAACGUUUGGAGAUGAGGGUAGAGAUUGGGGGGGUGGAGAAGGGGGAGCUGAGCCUGGCCUUGUCCUGCUCCCCCCGGCUGAGUGUCCAGGCCUCCGUUCAGCACUCCCUGCCCCCGCUGCAGGCCCUGGGAGUCCCGUCCAGCAACACCCUGGUCCUGUCUGCCCUCCUGGCGACCCGGCCCUCCGUCCAGCUGGACCUUGUGCUGGGGCGGUGUGAGCUCAUCGCUAUCGCUAGCACUGACGGCACCUCUGUCCCGCAACAUACUCAGUCCAGCUGGGCUGCCAACUUCACCAACCACUGCCCUGCCCUGCAGCACGCUGGUGUCCCUGCACACACGGCUCUCUCUGGCCUCGUCUCCGUGACUCCCUGUCAGUCCACCCUGUCCUGCAACGUGAGCGUGGAGGGGGAGAGCCUGUCCCUGCGUCUGGGGCACCAGUGCGAGCCCACCGCCAGCCUCUCCGGCGUCCUGACGCACUCCUUCACCCAGCUACACAGCAGGGGCCUGCCCCCAGAAACCAGCCUCACCCUGUCGGCGCCGGGGGGCCCAGGUCAGAGCCGGGUCAUGGUGUUUAAGGCGGGUCCCUGCUGGAUCAGGGCGAGCGGGGACGUGAGGCCUGGGGGGAGGAGCCAGUGGGCAUGGGUCACAGAGACUCAGUGCCCUCUUUUAGAGGCCUUUGGGCUUCCUGCGCAGACCCAGUUGAAUGGCUCCCUCCGGUUGGAUGGCUGCGUGUUGGAAGCGGGGUGGGCGGGCUGCGGCUCGGGGCUCCAGGUGGAGGCGGUGCUGCAGCACAGGUUCUCGGCUGCGGGGGGGCUUCCAGGCCGCAGCCGGCUGCUGGUGACCGGGAAGGCAGGUCCACGGCAACGCCGAGGGGAGCUGGAGCUGCAGCUGGGCAGCUGUGCCCUCCGGGCUUCCGUAGGGCUGCAGUCACAUGACAAGCUGCGGGGCACGGUGCUGCUGCAGAACAACUGUUCGACCCUGCAGGAAAUGGGGACUCCAUCGAGAAUGGAGGGGUCUGGAUUCUUAUUCAUUGACAAGAAGCUUCUGGAUUCACAUUUGUCUCUCCUCACUGACGAGCCAAAACUGCAGGCUCAUUUGACACUGAAAACAGGCAGGGGCCAACAGGAGACACUGGUCCAGAUCACUCACUCAGUGCCUCUCUUACUGAGUAGCGGAGUCCCUGCCAAUGCCACACUGUCCAUCAGCUCAGAGAGGGGGCCUGACCACUACCAUCGGGUUCUGAGCUGCAGCCUGGACAGCAAACAGAUCAGCGAGGUGGUGAGAGUGCAGAGGUCACAGGGUGAGCUCAGAGGGCAGUAUCUCCUUAUUCACACACUGGACUCUCUGAAACACUGGGGACUUCCAGGGAACAACAGCAUCCAGGCUGAGCUAGCCCUGGGGGAGGCCAAGAGCCUGGCGCUGUUCUUGCGGUUUGGAGAUGGACUGGCGAGUCUGAAAGCUAAGCUGAGGGACACACCCACGGACGUGGAGGUGGCUGGUGCACUACGGCACAGCUUGCCGUGGCUACAGCGGCUCGGCCUUCCGAAGGCCGUUGAGGCAGUAUGUAUCGUGCAUGGUGUCCUUCCUCAGCUUCAGUCUGAAGCAAGUCUGUCUGUGGAAGGGGAGAAGCUUUUGGUCUCCACCCUGAACAUCAGCAUAGCUGGAGGUCACCUGGACUUGCUGCUCUCGCUGGCCAGCACCCCCUCACUCACAGUCAGACUGCCCCGCAUUUUAAAUACUACCCUCUCUGCAAAGUACGCAGGGGUCCAGAGGCGUGUGUCCGCGGAUGUGCAUUGUGACGGCAGGCAGAUCCGUGUUGCUGGGGAGGUGGGAGGUUGGGGGACACAAGGAAGGGAGAUCAGAGCUGCGAUACAGGAAAACGCAGAAGGCCAAGACACCCCGAUGCUUCAGCUGGAGGUCUGGGGAAGGCUGACUGACUCACAGCUCUCUGGUUAUUUGGCUGUGAACCCUGAGACCAAUUCCUCCCUGGCACUCAGAGUGCAGGGCCACAGCUUACCCAACAGAAAAGAGUUUGAUGUGACACUUCGUCAGAGCAUACCUGGGCUGCAGCGCUAUCUCCCAUCACAUCUUGGAACCCAAACGCAGCUGAACCACACUAGUACCAGGCUACAGGGAGCAGCUGAGCUGCAACUGGGUAGGGGGGAGCUACGGGUGCGAGGGGACCUGGCUCUGACCAAAACUGGGUACAGCCAAACUCUUGAGCUUGACCAGUCCUUCUUGCAGCUCAAAACCCUCCCCAAGACCGUGGAAGUGAGGAUGACCUAUGACGGGGAUAGCCACACCCGACAACUGCAACAGCACAUUUUGUGGGGAGGUCAGGACCUCAGGGUCUCAGGCCUGUACACAACCCCCCCUGACCAGGAGAAAGGAACCCGCAGACUGAGAGUCCAGAUAUCCAGUGCGUUUGCCUCUCUGCCUCAUGAGUGCAAUCUGGAUGUCCAGCUGGGAAGGUUAGCUCACAGGCGACUGGACCGUGUGCGACUGGACUGGAUGGGACACGGCAGCCAUGAGCAGGUCCGAGCACUCUGCUCUUGGAGCCAUGAAGAGGACAGGUGGGAAGGUCAGGUGGACCUGAGGCAACCUUUCACCCCUGUUUUAUCCCACCUUCACCUACAUACAUCAUCUCUCCAUCACACUGGAGGGCAGGGGAACAGCCAUCAGGCUCAACUGUCUUGGAAUGAUGGGAUGCCUGUAAAUCUUACACUGCGUGUGAACAAGUACUGGCGUACUGACUUCAGCAGGGGAAACGCUUGUCUCUAUCUCUCGCCUGGCCAAUUGAGGACCGUGCUCCCCCUAGUGGACAUUCAAGGCUGUGGUUCAGUGGCUCGGGAGAGAAACUCUUACUCCCAGAUGGCAGAGCUGAACUGGGGCAAUAAGAGAAUUACACAGAGCAUGAAGUACCAGAGAGGGGCCAGGGGAAUGCACACACUGCAGUUAGAAGGUGGAGCUGAAAAUGUGUCUCCCUCCCCCUGCCCAUCCCACACCUUCCUGGCCCAAGUGCACACUGACUGCAGAACCCACCUGGAGCAUCACUUACUGCUGGGCCUCUGCCCACCACACCCUUCCUGGGUUGUGUCUGGACAUCAUCGUGUCAACACUGGCAAGGAGCUGCUCUACACCCAGACCCGCCUGUCUGUGUCAGGGGAGCCCCACCACAGCAGUUUCACGCUGGCCCUCACCAACACCUCUACCGCUCAUCGCACCAACUUCUCCCUGCACACCAGAUUUCAGGUGGGUGAUGGAAGUCUAGAUUUGGGGAGCAGUGCAACCUUGUCCCAUAGGGGCCUUGGGCUCCUGAUGCAGGCCCGACUGGAUGAUAUUGAGAGGGUCUGGCUUCAGGGGGCACUAGAGGGCCGUUGCCUGCAAGCAGCUGCUGGAUACAAUGAUGAUGAUGACGUCACCAUAGCACUAUGUCUGGAGGGACGACGCCAUAUUACCUUUGCUGCCCAGAGGAGGGAGGGUGGAGCCAAGUACCAGAAGCUUGUGUCAGUCUCUGUGGGUGCAGCCAAUCAGAGUUUGACAUUAGUUGCACAAGGGUGUGUGGAAAACCUAUGGACAACGGAGGCUCGGGUUCGUGUGCUUGGCUCCCAGAUAAGGAACAAGCUGUUGGCCAGAAUACAGUCCCUGCAGCGCCUUCUUGUGGAAUUCAAGUGCCAGGAACUGAGUGAGCGGCCUUACCGCCUGACACAGAAGGCUGAGGUUCUGCUGGUCCAGGGGCUGAGAGAGGCCUGGCAGGUCUGGAGAAGAGGCUCCCUACGCCACGCCCUCACUGACACCCUGCCACGCUGUCUGGACUCCCUGCAGCAAGUUUCCCUGCAGAUCCAGCAGGAACUCAAGAAGCCACUGACAACAUUGGCUGGUGUGUACCAGGAUGUGACUGGAAGGUGGCUACACAUGGAGUGGCGUGAGACAACAACUCUGUGGGCAGAAAAACUGGCGGAACUGCUGCCUGUAGUACUGGAGGACCGACACCUGAGUGCGCCAUUAAAAGCAGUGCUGGGAACACUCACGACGGUCCUAGACGUUGUGAGCCAGCAAACAGCACAGUGGACAGAAGCUAAGGUGGCAGCAGCCUUGACUGGAAUCAGAAGACGGCUGGCAUCAUUGUAUAGGCUCUCUAAAAGGCGCUGUGAAGUGACGGUCCAGGUGCCAUUACCAAGAGGGCCAUGGUCAGAGAUUGGGGGUGCCGGGCUGACGGAGUUCCUUCUUGAGGAGUGGCUCCUGAAGCCUCUCCAGGCUCUUACCUCUCUCAGACCCUUAGCAGAGCUGUACCGACUGAAAAGGAGGCUAAUGGACAGUCCCUUCCGCCACCAGGCUCUCCUGGUAUCCAACCAGUUUGUGGUGUCAUUUGACGGACAUCUGUAUGAAAUACCUGGGAGGUGUGCCCUCCUCCUAGCCCACGAUGUUGUCCAGGAAUCCUUCACUGUACUGCUGAGCCCAGAUAUGACACCACAGCGCCUGCUACUGGUGGAAAUGGGAAAUACCACUGUGAGCAUCUUCCCUGAAGGGCAGGUGGAGGUUAACUGCCGUAUGAUGGAUGCACCAGCCUCUCACACUGAGGUUACCAUAAGGAGAGAACCCAACAUUAUAGAGGUUUCUAAUCAGGAUGGAGCACUUGUGACAUGUGACUUAUCACAGGCUCUCUGCAGUUUGACUCUAGAUGGCUGGCAGCAUGGCAUUUCUGCUGGUCUCCUGGGGACCAAUGAUAAUGAGGCAGGGAAUGAGCUGCCCCUGCCUGAUGGGUCCCAGGCAAGCAGCUUGGCUCACUUCAUUCACAGCUGGCAGGUACGGGCUCAGUGUUACAGUGAAUCUGGGAAGGCAGGACUCUGUUCCAAUGCCUCCAGGCAUGACCUGACUGCAGACGUGCCCAGGUGUGUGUCCCUGUUCUCCAGUCCUGACUCCCCCCUCAGCCCCUGCUUCAGAGUGGUUGACCCUAUGCAGUUCCUGUCUGUGUGCAAAAGAAGACGUUGUGCCUCAAUCCCUGACAGCGCCCCCUGCAGGUUGGCAGCUGCCUAUGUCCACCUCUGCAACAGCAACUACGUUCCCCUGGAGCUUCCCCAACAAUGUGUGAAUGAGUGAAAGGUUGGUGUUGGGAGUCUUGGUGGACCAUAAAGUGAAAUUCGUAGCACAAAUGGUGACAGCCUGCAGUGUUCACAGGAAAAGCUUGUGGAUGUACAUGCAAAAUCAAGACCUGUGUUUUUCAGUUAAUUCCAAGGAAACACAUUUUAAAUUCCACAUAAGUCCUUGUGGAAAGUAUUGAAAGGUAGAUGAUAUUUUUUCAGUGUACAAAAUGAGUUAUUGUUCAAUCCAUUGCAAUAAUAAGGGAGAGUUAUGGGAUAUGUGAUACAACAGCCGUUUGAAUCAGCAAUGGUAACCUUCUGUGUUUUGAUCAUUUGACUGUACUGUAUGUCAGAAUCAUACUUCAGAAUGGAAAACCCCAGACAUUACACCAAAAAAGAGUACCACCUGCACUUUGCGUCUGAGAUAUUUUUGAAUGAUUCAUACAUGACAAAUAAUGUAUUCCUGAGGAAUUUUGUAGUGGAUGAUUUGAAAGCUACCCACUUUUCAAGCAUUUAAAGUGCAGCCUGUGCUGUGAUCACUGCCAUAUCAGAACGCAUUGCUUCAUUCUUGAAUGCAAAUGUAUAUACAGUGAUUUAAAUUUCUUGUGUAACACUUAAUGUAGUUGGUUUCUGUCUUUGAUUUUGUGUUUGUGAAAAACUUGCAUAAUUCCUCAUUUUUAGAAUUGACUGAUGACUGGUAAAAUUAUUGUACAGCUUUUAAAGGGACAUGCUCUGCGGCUCAAUUUGUGCCACCGCUUACCAUUUGUUUUGGUGAUUUUGCUUGUUUGUAUCAUUUUUUAAUAAGUAAUUGAAACUCUGGCAUAAUAUUUAGAAAAUUAAUGAGAAUCUCAGAUUCAGUAUUGUAUGUUGUAGGAAUGUGUACUGUGACGUUUUUCAUGUUUUUGUACUUUGACUCAUUGGGGAUCUGAAUACACUGCAGUAUCUUGUAUGACACAGUGAACAAUGGACAGUUUACCAUGGUAAUGUAGGUUACACACACGGGAGGGUGUGCCGCUGUGUUUGCGAUUAUGGACAACAGGGUUCUGCUCUGCCAAUUAAAUGGGAGUGGUUACUUUUGUCAGGAAUAAAUUAACUGCCUCAGUUUUUGUAACUGCAA